AUGUUCAAAAGUCUCAAAGAAAAACAUGGAGGAUUCUUUGAAUCUAAGCAAUCCAAUGCUUCGGAAAGCGAUCGUGGUCAAGAUCUAUCAUCGAUCUUGGAUCGGUCGCAGCGUGCUGACUUAACUGUCCUCGUCUCUGAGGUAGCUGAGUCAAUGCGGGUUCGAAUUCUAGAGCUUUAUGAGCAUACAAAUACAAAGGAUAAUUCCCCCAAUCACUCCAGUCCACGCCCAUCUCCGGGGGCGGACCGCGAUGAAGAGACGCCACACUUGCCCUCAAGCCCACAAGACAAGGACGCGUCAGGAAACAAUGGAAGUCCGCGGCAGGGAUCUACUAGCAAACAGCCAAUCCCCCGGCCAAAGAUCCGUGCGCUCUCCACUUUUGAGGAUUGGAGGGAUUCUGUCCUUUUGCGUGUUGGCGCGGUCGUCAAUAAAGAUGAUGAUGAUCAGGAAAAAAAGGCAGGCGAAGACCUGCGGAACGCCGCCAAGUCUGAUGAUCUUCCACUGGACGAGGAUAAAGAUAGACUGGCCAAGUUACAAGAAAUAUACCACCCCGUGGAAACACCUUUGGCAAAACUCCCAAAAGCAACAAGACUGCUUAUUCUUCACUCGCUUCUCCUUUUAAUGCUCAGCCUAGAGCACUACAGUGCUUACUCAAGAGUCUUGAUGUUGAACGUCACAUCCAGUCUGAACAUAGAUAUCAACAUACUCAAUCAAGACGAAGUCACUGUCGCUCGCGGAUUGCUGCAGACAGCUUUGGCGCUCUCGGCAGAUCAAGAUACCAAGGAGCAACCAAAGAAAAAUGAUGACAUGAGAAAAUGGAAAGUGGGCCUUGCAUCUGUGGCUGGAGCCGCUUUGAUUGGCCUCACUGGCGGACUCGCAGCUCCAUUGGUAGCGGCGGGCCUGGGAACUGUUAUGGGCGGAUUGGGCCUUGGCGCUACCGCUGCUGCUGGGCUUCUAGGUACUUUGGCCGGAAGUAGCGUCGUUGUUGGUGGCCUUUUUGGCGCUUACGGUGGACGUAUGACUGGUCGCAUGAUGGAAAAGUACGCACGUGAAGUGGACGACUUUGCCUUCAUACCGAUAAGAGGAGAACCCCGCCGGAAUGUAAAAGAGAAGGAGUCUGCUAAACAAGAUCAUCGUUUACGGGUUACCAUUGGUGUUACCGGUUGGGUCAAGGAAGAGUCGAACUUCGUGAUCCCAUGGCGGGUGAUUGGUGCCGACUCUGAAGUGUUCGGUCUUCGCUGGGAGAUGGAGCCUUUGAUGAACCUGGGUAACGCGAUAUCAGCUCUUGUGACUAGCGCUGCGUGGUCGGUUGCCGGACGUGAGGUUUUGGCUCGUACUUUCUUCCACACGAUCAUGAGCGCGGUAAUGCUUCCCCUAGGCCUCAUGAAAGUUGCUGGCAUCGUCGACAACCCGUUCAGCGUGGCUAAAGCUCGCGCCGAUAAAGCGGGCGAGGUUCUCGCUGAUGCACUGAUUAACAGAGCCCAGGGAGAACGACCCGUGACCUUGAUGGGGUAUUCUCUAGGGUCUCGUCUGAUUUUCUCCUGCCUCAAAAGCCUAGAAAGGAGAGACGCGUAUGGCCUGAUCGAAUCGGUCAUUUUGAUGGGGUCACCUACCCCUUCAAACGCGGAGGACUGGCAAAAGAUUCGCAGUGUCGUAAGCGGACGUGUUGUGAACGUGUUCUCUGAAAAUGACUCUGUACUCGCUUUCCUCUACCGAACAAGCAGCUUUCAACUCGGUGUAGCGGGAUUGCAGCCAGUUGAAGGUGUUCCAGGUGUUGAGAACCUCAACGUAAGCGAACUGAUCAAUGGCCACCUGCGGUAUCAGUUUCUGCUUGGCAGAAUUCUUACCCUUAUCGGGCUUCAGGACCUUGAUCCCAGUGAGAUUGAACGCGAAGAAGCUGCUCUUGCCCACGAGGAUAAGCGACAGGAGAAGGAGCGGUUAGAGAAUGAGCGCAAGGCUGGUGUUAAAGACCGGGAAUCAUCUGCUGCUCUUGAGGCCCUGAACAGCCAGGAGGGCUUUGGGGAAGAUGCACGGUUGCAGAAGAAGGUCGAGGCGCAGACUCAGGAGAACAUGAUGACCCACCGUAUUGAAAUGAUUGAUAUGGACGACGAUGAUUAUUCGGCGCCUUUGAAAGAAGAUCCCUCGAAGCAUUCUGCUCUGUAG